UAUUGGUUGAAGCUGUGUCCCUGGGUGUUUGAGGUGCAGAUAGCCAGGCUCAACAGGCACAUUUAACGAGAUAGGCCAGCACCAGAUCUGGCACUUUGCAGGGGUGUUCAAACCCAGCUGUAGCAAGUCGAAUAGGAUGCCGCAGGUCAAGAUCAUCAACGACACACUCCUGCCGCUGCACAUUUGCCUCAAGCAAGUCUCGCCGCUGUACUAUGCUAACAAUAUUGAACCCUCUGGAGGUGAAGCGGUCUUCAAUCCAGGCGCGGUGUGGUUUACCAUAGAGGCAAGGAUCGCGCAGAUUAAAAAGGAAAGCGAGAAGGCGGAGAACGAGUACACACGUUGGGACACAUACGUACCGAUCGCAGCAGUCUCCGUGGCCGUCCUCUCUCUGGGGGUAGGCGCAGUCUACGUGGCAGGCACAGCUGCGGCAACUGGAUCCAUUUCAGGCAUGCUCACCGCCAUUUCGACCGACAUGGCCGUGUCACUACCGACGGUCCGGCGGCUGUACAAGUAUGCCAAGCAAGGACAGCGUGUGGUUCAUAUCGGUCAGGUAAUCGGCAUUGGCAAUGAGAGCUCUUUGACGAACAAGCUUGCUGGAGUCACCACAGCUACUCCGGGCACUAGCUCAAGCGGCAACAAAUGGAGAUGGCUCGGUAAAAAGCAGGGGUCGCCAGAAGAUGCUAAAGCAUUGAAUAAAGCUGAGGGCAAAGGGCAGGGGCAACAGCUGCAGCGCAAAGCAGAAAAAGAGGUAGAGAACUCAGUCGCUAGAGCACUGAAGAACCUCCUUGACGGCUCUGUGCUCAGCUCUUAUGGCUGGUUCAUGUCCAAGGAGCGCACGCUGCACAUCAUCGGCGGUCCGCGUGCGACCGAGGUCGAAGGGUUCUUGGUCAUCGAAACGGACACUUACGAGCCGUUCCGCAUCGUCGAUGAGAAAGGAGAAAUCGUCGGAAUAGGUGUGGAGGAAGUCCCUGACGCUACCGAAGGAGAGAAAGCUGCAGCGUUGGAUGCAGUCGCUGCUGUCAAAGGGGGCCAGGCGCACCCCGAAAGUGAAGGAAUGCCCGAGUCGUUUAAGGGAGGAAAUGGCAAGAAUAUGCCGCCUUGGAAGGAGCGCCUGGUCGCCUCGUUAAACAGUGCAACUACACAGACCUGCGCUACGCUCGCAGAAUGGAAGAUGUAUGCCACAAAGCAAGCGGAGACCGCCCAGGAGUACGUGAAAGCUCGCAGUGGUAUUCCGGCGGCCGACAAAGCAGAGAUGCAAGCGAGAGGUUGGGAGAUAGGUCUUGUGGAGCACACUGAGGCGGAAGGGGCCAAUGAUGUCACAAAGUACUCAGCUGUUCCUACUCCAUCUGAAGCACUAGCGGUACCCGAUAGUUCUGUUGUUGGAGGAGCUACGACGGCCGACGCGGAAGCAGAUGUCCCUCCUUCGCCUCAAAACGAAUCAUCGCCAGUCGACAAGCUUGUCGAGAUGGGUUAUACGCGACAAGAAGCGAGGCAAGCACUUUUGCACGAACAGGGAAAUCUCGAAAAUGCGCUGGAGAGGCUGCUCAUUCGGGACCAGGAAAAGGCUGUUCUCGCGCAGUCGCAGUCCGGUGUCAAUUCAGCAUGUAGCAGCACUGUCGCUUUUACGGCCGAUUCUGCAGUUGGGCAGACGAGCAGCUCAGCAGAUGCAACCGUGAUGCUUGCUGGCACAUCCGCACAACGUAGUGCCUCGCAGCUCCUCACCCCACCGGAGGCAACGACAACGACGUUGUCAUCGUCCUCCUUUCCUGCACCAACCCCAUCGCCCUCGUCUCCGGGCCGAGUGCUGCCGGUGAAGAACGCCGAGAGUGUGACGCAGCCGCACUGGGUGACGCGCGUGCAUAAUACAGCGAGCGGGUGGAUCGACUCAGCGGAGCGUACGCCGUUUGUAGGCGGCGCGACCCGCAUCGGCGCUGAUGUCGUCCGCAAGCGCGGCGAUCGCUGGUUGAGCAAGGAUAGCAGCACCAGCAUUGCCAAGAGGAGUGCGGCAGAGAAGAAAGGGAAGGAGAAGAAUAAAUGAUCUUGUACUACAAUAUUAUAGAUUCUUUUCGUUGUAUUUUAUACCUUUGCAC